AUGGCUUGCCAGAUAUAUUGGUUGAUUUUGAUGGGGCUUUUCUGUGUUCGCUGCGAAGUAUCUGAGCCUGUAGAUACGAUGUGCACUGAGGUUAUAGCCAACAAAAGCUAUAGCUGUGAGGAUUUAGGACUGAGAGAGAUUCCUGAAAGACUUCCAGCCACAACAGAAAUCCUUGACUUCAGCUUUAAUUUGCUUUCUUCCCUUCACAAUUCAACCUUCAGCAAGCUAAAGAAUCUGGUAUAUUUAGACUUAACAAGGUGUCAAAUUAACUGGGUGUACGAAGGUGCCUUUCAAAGCAAUGCUUAUCUGAACAUUAUUGUCUUGACUGGAAAUCUACUCAUGUUUCUGGCUGACACAGCAUUUGUUGGCCCACAGUCUCUGAAGCAUCUUGUCUUAACUCAGACAGGUCUAACCAGCUUAGCAUUUAUUCCAAUGCAGAAUCUGGAUAAUUUAGAGACUUUUGACUUGGGCAGCAAUCAUAUCUCCUCACUGCAGCUCCCUCCAAGCUUUCCAACCAGAAACCUCAAAUACCUUGAUUUUCAAAUGAACAACAUACAAAGAAUAGCAGCAAAAGACAUAAAUAUUCUGCUGCAGACAAAGAAUUUAACUCUGAUCUUGACGGGCAAUGAUAUUAUACACAUUGAAGCUGGGGCGUUCCAGUCCAACUUAUUUUACAGCUUGGACUUUGGAGGUUGCAUUGACAUUUCUGUGGUUUUAGCAGGGAUGCAGGAAACCAGAACCCAUACUCUUUGGUUGGGGACAUUUGAGGAUGCAGAAAAUGGGCUUCCCAUAAACCCUACUAUGCUACUGAACCUGUGCAAUAUCUCUGUGGUGGAUAUCAGUCUGCAAAAGCGGCAUUUCCUUCAUUUGACUGCUGCCACAUUUCAGUGUUUGAGCAAACUCCAAAGGCUGGAUCUGACUCACACCUACAUCAGCAUGUUACCUCCUGACAUCACUGGCAUGAACAUGUUGGAAGAAUUAAUUCUCAAUAGGAACGCCUUUAAGCACAUGUGCAACAUUAGCUCCACCGCCUUCCCCUCCCUCACCCACCUCCAUAUCAGAGAAAAUGCUGAGAAUCUGGACUUAGGCUCUGGCUGUUUAAAAACACUGUCAAAGCUUCAACACCUGGAUUUAAGCCACAGUUACAUAGAAAAUUUAGAUUGCUGCAGCAACCAGCUAAAAGGCCUGAGUGGAUUACGGCACCUGAAUCUGAGCUACAACAAGCAGCUUCAGCUCCAAGAUUUGGCCUUUAAGGAAGGUGCUAACCUGGAGCUCCUGGAUUUAGCUUUUACACGUCUUCACAUCAAUGCUUCCCAGGGUCCUUUCCGCAAUCUGCAUCUCUUGCAUGUCCUGAACCUUUCUUAUUCCUAUAUCGAUACCAACAUUCAGCACCUUUUACAGGGGCUGCAAACCCUUUUCCUGUUGAACCUUAGGGGGAAUAAGUUUCAGUCAGGGACCAUUCUGAAUGAAAAUCUCUUUCACCAGGUACCCAGUUUAGAGGUGUUAAUUUUAUCAUUCUGUGAUCUGACAGCUAUACAAAACCAAGCAUUUCACACCCUCAAGAAGCUAAAGCAGGUUGACCUGAGCCACAACAAGCUUAUUGCAUUCAGCACAGAUGCAUUUUCCAAUCUCAAGAGCAUCUAUCUCAAUUUUGCCAAUAAUAGGAUCCAUAUUAUACCACGUGACAUGUUAACUAACUUAUCCGGCCAGAGUAUAAUCAAUUUAAGUUACAAUCCACUGGAAUGCACCUGCUCUAAUAUUGGUUUAAUAACUUGGUACAAGCAGAAUAUGGAUAAAAUUGAAGACCCUGAAGGGACAGUGUGUUGUGAGCCCAAAGCUCUAGCAGGUGCUAAACUGUCCACUGUGACACUCUCCUGUGGGAUCAGUGUUGCAGGAAUUGUUUGCACUGUGCUGGGUUUGAUGUUACUUGCUGCUGUUAGCUUGGUUUGGGUCGCACGCAUUUUAAAGAGAAAUUACCAACAACUCUAA